AUGUUGCCCGACGGUCUUAGGGCACGUGUGCCCGACGCUCUCAGGGCACGCGUGCCCGACGCUCUCAGGGCACGCGUGCCCGACGCUCUCAGGGCGCGCGUGCCCGACGCUCUCAGGGCACGCGUGCCCGACGCUCUCAGGGCGCGCGUGCCCGACGCUCUCAGGGCACGCGUGCCCGACGCUCUCAGGGCGCGCGUGCCCGACGCUCUCAGGGCACGCGUGCCCGACGCUCGCAGGUCACGCGUGCUCGACGCUCUCAGGGCGCGUGUGCCCGACGCUCUCAGGGCGCGUGUGCCCGACGCUCUCAGGGCUCGUGUGCCCGACGCUCUCAGGGCGCGUGUGCCCGACGCUCUCAGGGCGCGUGUGCCCGACGCUCUCAGGGCGCGCGUGCCCGACGCUCUCAGGGCGCGUGUGGUAGUAUUCACUAAAGCAAUAUUCUGA